CAGCGCGCCUGCGCAGUGCAUCCAGGGGCUCGGCGGCGUUCGGUGCUGAAGUGGGGCGGAUGGCAUAAAAACAGCGGCGAUGGACAUUACAUUGCAGGAUUCCCUUUUAAAAUGUCGCUAAAUAAGCAUCGGGACAUCGCGUGUUCACACCCAUCACCCUAAGACACUGACAGCCCAUCAUAAAGAGAUGCUGUACUUUCAUUUCGCUGUACUCUCAAGUCCAUAAAUGACCCUUUCACCAACAUCCAAGGAAGCCUAGGAGGCGACAUUGAGGGAAAUAAGGAAACAAAGAGAGGAAGUUGUUACAUUUCACCUCAGUCCUCGUGUCCCUUUCUGUGUCCGUCGGUCAGUGAUGGUGAGACCAGUAACCUCUCUUCCCUGUGCUGAAGAAAACCUCCUCUCCAGCGAGCCAAACAGCCGGUCUAUUUGCCAACAAGACGCCCAGACAGUCCAUCAGUCAGUCACUCCAUCAACCAGCCUGCUAUCCUCCAGCAACCUAUUACCUCACACCAUGACUGCUCUGUCUGGCCUGUUUUUAGGAACUCACUAAUUCAUGCCCCGUAGUGUGAGUGGAGUGGAGAUGAGAAAAAGGCAGGCGGCGCACAUCGAGGCCACACCCCAGGCCCCUGGACAGCCCCGACCCAACACCUGCUGCCUCUGCUGGUGCGGCUGCUGCAAGUGUCUCUGGAAUGAAGACAGGAUGGAGAGGAGUGAACGACAGACCUGCACCAAGAUGGACAGUAUUGAAGCUGCAGAAGAACAACAGCCCAGUCUAGACGAGGCACUGUUGUGGGCCCGGAGCUUUGAGAUGAUGCUGCGCUCGCUGGAGGGCCGGGAGGUCUUCCGGGAGUUCCUGCGCUCUGAGUACAGCGAGGACAACCUGCUUUUCUGGAUGGCCUGUGAAGAGCUGAAAAAGGAGACUGAUCCGUUAGUGGUGGAAGAGAAGUCCAGGAUCAUAUACGAAGACUACGUGUCAAUAUUAUCACCCAAAGAGGUGAGUCUGGACUCGCGGGUCAGGGAAGGAAUAAACCAGAACCUGGCGGAGCCCAGCAACCUGAUGUACGAGGAGGCCCAGUUCCAGAUCUACAACCUGAUGCAUCGCGACUCCUUCCCCCGUUUCCUCAACUCCUCCGUUUACAGAGACCUCCUGGCCAACAGGAGGCUCACCUGCCUCGACACCUAGACUCCACCACACUCUCUAAUCGCCAUUGUACGCCAACGAGACUACUACUUAAACUUCAAAUACUACUAUGGUGCCAGAAGUCGGGUUUGGAAAAUCUCUCCAUCUUUUUUGAUUGAAAAGACUGAAUGACAUCCAAGAUAGCUGGUUGUUUUUUUUAAAUAUUUUUUAAGCAAUUUAUAUCCAGUUCUCCACUGGAGCCAGGUCGGCCUUUACUGGUUGGUUAUUGGUCAAUUUUAGACCAUUAAUGCUGGCCAGUGAUUGUUUUGCUAGCAAUUUGUGCUGUUAGUUAAGGUUGACUGGCCAACCCACUUGUCAGCUGAAGUCAGUUAAAAUGGCCAACCUGAUGGCCAGCUGCUGGUUAACUGUGGACAAGGACUCUCAGGCGGUGGGGGCAGAAAGAGGAGAGCAGAAAGUGGACAAGCCAACUGUUGUACUGUAAUAUUUAGACCUCAUGCUUUCUACCUUCACUUUAAUAUUCUUUCUCUCUCUCUUACUCAUUCUUUCAUGUUGUUUUGUUUUUUCUAAUUCUGUCCCAUUCCGCAGAUGUUUAAAAUUGUGUUUUUAAUUUCUUUACUGUCCAAACAUGACACCUAGUUGUUGGUGGGAGUUGGGGCAUCUGCCCAUUUAACCAGAAGAAGCACUGGCUCUGCAUGUGACUCUCUGUCUUUACAGUAGCUUGACGAUGUAAGCCACGGACUGCAACUGUUUUUGAAUAUUGAGAUAUAUUAAGUCUGGAUGUGUAUAUUCAGUGAAGGGAAAAAGGACACUUUGCCAAUUUAUAGCUUACUGGAGUUUUUCAUUGAGGAGACAUGAUGGCUUCUGCGGCAAAGGCAACAUACCCAUCCAUCCAUCCACCUGUCCAUCCAUCCAUCUGUCCGUCCAAGCACUUUCCUUCUUUGGGAUUCUUUAACUGGGAGAAGUAAGGGCUAGAAUUGUGGUUGGGCAGCUACAUGUAUUAUUAUUACUCAUGAACUUUAGACAAAAAAUCUCUCCGCUGAGAAAAUCACAAUGCCUUUACAUGUAAGAAAAAGGUAGCACAAGCGCUGCUGGAGUUUUUCUUGAUAGCAACCACAGUUUGUCCAACGAUUCCUACCUUCCAUCUUUGUUCCCUCCCUCUCCCUCCACCUCAGACCAUCACAGCCUGACAAGCACAGGUGCCCAAUGUGGGGGGAAAAAACCCAGCUGGAGAAAAUAUAAACAAACAAACCCACAAUGACUCCAAAGUCCUCUACAUUUUAAAAUUGUCUCGCAGAAAACAAGGGUUUACCUUUUAGUGUUUUACCAUGAUUUGAGCAUUAUGGAAAGCUGGUUCUACUUUGAGAACGUAGGGAGAUGCAGCAGGCACUGAUCUAAUUGAAAUGGUUAUUGAGCCCUGGCCUUUGUUUGUAAGGCUUUAGCUUUAGAUACUGUAGGUAACAUGACAAGUGGCUAGAGUUGGACGUCCAGUAUCACGCUGCAGAUACGUGCCACGGGUGCCAGACAUGAUGUCAAAGAUGCUGUGAAGAGAUAUCAGAUGUGACUUGUCACCAAGAUGUCGGCCAUUCUAGUGCAUGUCUGCUUCUCCAGCAGAUGGAGCUGGGAGAGUGUAUGGUAUUCCUUCAGUUAGCUACUGUCCGUUUAAGACACUCAUUUUUUACCAGAGCUAGUGGAGAGGGUUAGUAUAAUAAUGCUAACCUGCUACCGUACUGGGCUUGCGAAGAGAGUUGGCGUAGUCAUGCUAUUUGCUAGCCUUCUCAACAAGGCUAAAUAGGUUUCAGCAUGCUGUAGGCAAGUAGUCCUCCUGCUUGUCCUAGCCAAUCCCUUACCCCACUGCCAGCACUAACAUACUCUGGUUUGUUUUUCUAAUCUGACUUUGACAGCAUGCAAUUAUAAUGGCUAUGUGUGUGUAUGGUACAAUUACACACUUAACAGAAACAUUUUGAUAAAAAAAAAAGAUUAAGGGGGUCUUGCCAAAUGUCCCAUUAAUGUUUUUAGUAUGUAAAGCUUUUGUUUUUUGAUGAUGUAAACAUUUGAACUUUGGCCUGUGGAUGUGCAGUAGAAAGUGCAUGAGUGCAGUAUAUCCUAUUCUGUUUAACUAACUCGGCCUCCAAGUCCAUUCAAUGUGUAACAUGAUGGAUAGCUAACCUUAAAGUGUCAAUGAAAUAGUGCCACUCCUUACUGAUAAAUGUAGGCAUCCAUGUUGCCACCUUCUUCACAGUAACUACCUAAAGUUCACGUGCCAAAUUUGGUCUAGAUUAAAUGUAAGAGUAGACGGUGCAGGAUGUCUAGCAGACUAUUGAAGUGCAAUUGGAGGUCGGUAGUGAUUAUAGAAUGAAACGGUGUACUAUUAUUUUAGAUUGGUUAUUAAAUUAUCAGAAAUUACUAACCACGACACCUUUUGGAAUACUCAGAAUGUUGUAAUGCCACUUUUGGAUUAAUCAACAAACUGACUCUUGUUAGAAUUUGCAAGAUUUACUAGAUGACUUAAAUAAGGCAACAGAUAUUUUAUCAAUACUAAUUUAAUAAAAUACAGGUCCUCUUUUUGAGCGUAAAUGGAAAACAAGUCCAUGCAGUCAUGGUCUUUUGACUUUUCCUUCAGACUUAUUUUUACUUAGUGUUAAAAAGGCUAACUAGAUGUAGAUGUCACAUCCAAUCCAAACUAUCAUAUUACCACAAAAGCUUUCUGUAGUAUAAGUGUUGGUUAUAAAUUGGUAACACUGACACUGUAAAGUCAAGAAGAAUUCUUUUGCAAUGUAUCUUCUUGAAAAUAUACUAUAUUUAACUUGCCAAUACAGUACUCACAUGCAGACUACUUUAAUACCCCUAAGGACUUGAUUUGAUAAUGCUUAGUUGCUGAAAUGAAGAGCCGUGCAUGCAUGCGCAUAAGAAUAAUGAACCAAUUCUGAUACUGAAAGACAAGUUGUCACACUGACUCCUUGAAGCAGUUUUCAUUUCCAGGAAGCAGUUAGACAUAUUUGGACAAUUUUGUAAAUUUUUAACUGAGUAGAAGAAUAGUCAGUCAUAAACUCUCUUGCAAACAAGUCCCUCUUCUGCUCAGUACAGCUAUGUUUCCUUGUUGCUGAAACUAUACAGUAAUUAAAAUGACAAUGUUUCACCAAGAACCAGAUAAUGAAAUCAUGGUGCAAUUAAACCAAGUUUACAUUUAUAAAUUGUGAGAUGUGUGUACCUUAUUAAAUACUUGUAACCGUGGGGAGCUAACUGUCCCCAGUGUGAGCGGAGAAACCAGUUUCUGCCCAGUGCUAAUUUUUUUAGCACUUUACAGGGUUUAUAGGGAGGACAGACACAGCAGAAUCCCAGGUAACAGUGUUUUACAAGGAGGACAGACACAGCAGAAACCCACAUUUUCUGCUUACGUCCUUUCCUCUUAAUUUAUUGUGAGUUUUACACAGGGGGGGGGGGAGUACACAGUUGUUUAUUUUGAAUGACUGCAUUUCAAAUGUAGAUUUUACAAGCAAUGAUGAUGAUGAUGAUGUGAAGUGAUGUUUCAUCGCUGAGUUUAGAUACUUUUUGUCUUUAAAUUCCCAUGGGUUCCAAGUGAAUGGGUUUUUGAAACAUGACGUGAAAAGGUUGAGAGCUGUGUUCAGAUCGGGUGGAGGAGGUUUGCGAAGCUUUGGCCUUACUGACACGUUUUAUUUUUUCCUUUGUAUAGAAAAACAACAAACGUCUCUGUAGGCCUUUCACUACCUCUCAUGUUGGUUAAUUUAUUUCACAUCAAGUUGUUAAUGUACAAGUUGUUUUUCUUAGAUCUACUUGAAGCCUAACACUGUAAACAAAAAUGUGCACAGAAAAACGACUAUGUACAGUAUAUGACCAGAGGGGUUAAAGAGAGCUCGGCCUAGUUAACAUUAUUCUUUUUGUUUGUAUGUAUGUUUGUUUUUAAUUGUGUUGAGCUGAACUAGAUUUUGCAUCUCUAUAAAGAAUUCAGGAAUCUACUGUCUAAGGGCUAAUCCCAUUUUUGCCUAUGCAAAUCUGUUACUGUGGGUGAGUUGGGAAAGUGCGAACUACCGCACCUUUCACCUGUUUUAGAUGGACCAUGGUUUACAAUGCCCUUUGCUGAUAUUCUUCAAUCUAAGUCAGCAAAAAUGUACGCUUAUUUUUGUUUCUAUAUAAAUAUAAUAUAUAUAUGUAUAUGUAUAUGUUUAUGUAUAUAUAUAUAUAUACUGUAUAUAUAUAUAUGACAAAUAAUAUACAGAGAAAUUAGUAUAUGCCUUUGUGAUGAUAAAAAAGAAACCUUGCUGAAAACAAAUAAAUGUGUUAUUGUCUGACAUUAUGUGGCUGUUUGCUGGAGUCUUGGUAAGAUGAUAUAGACGAUUGGAACUCAUCUGACGGUUAAGCGACUGGUUGAAAGGUUGACUGUCAUUACUCUGACUACAACACUAGUAGCUAAACCAGUGCAGUAUUUCCUAACUGAGGGGGAAAACGUUUAUUUAUUUAAGGAGAAACCACAUCAUUACUUUCUUUGACAAAUAUUUGUUAUCCAGCCCUUGCCUGUGAGUGAAAUAAGGUAUAUGGGCCACCCAGGACUUGUCCUUGUCAUUUUUACCUGUAACAUUUGGUCAUUUUUAAAGCAAGACUAUGCAUCUUUUGCUAAACAAAGGCCAUAAUUUCCACUGGUGACAAUUAAGGGAUAAGGGCAAAUGACAUAGUGUAAAAGUAGAGUCAAGUCAAACAGUCCGUAAACUGACUCAGUAAUGUCAUUUAAAGGGGUGUGUAAGUUUGCUAGCGUUAGCCACCACAAGCUAGUUGUUACACCAGACCAAAGUAAGGCUGCAACGCCAAAAGCUUUGAGUAUAUAAAAUUGAGAUAAAGUGUGUUUUAUUGCUUAUUAUAUUAACUUUUCCUUUGGAAGAGUCAGGCUGUAGUAUUUCAUCAUCAAGUUGCAUAGUCUCACUUUUAAGAAUUAGAACAUGUGCACUGUCCAUAUGCAAGACAUAUUUUAUAACCAGUAAUCCAUUAAGAAAAUAAAAGUAUUCCACUUGCCAUGAAAUAAAAAAAUAACAUUUUAACAUUAUUAUCUUUUUGUUUGUCAGUGGACACUGCACAGCUGUUAGUGUUAGUUUGUAAUCAGAUGUGUGCAGCACCAUGUCGUCAGCAAACAACAGGAACUUAUUUUUCUAUUCUUCAAUUUAUUGUUCUUUUUUUGUAGCCACAUCCAGUCAGACUAUCACUGUGUUAAUACAGUAGCGUUGAUGUGAAACGCAUCAGCAGAAGUAGGCUUUCUGUUUUUUAAACACUCCACCAAUGCAAGAUGUAAGAAGUCAAUAAUACAUUCACUCAUCUUUUAAAAGACACUUUUAGCUUUGAGUUAAGGGUUGAUUUGAGUUUUAAUAAUUUAUAUUUUAACUCUUUGUACAGAAAAUGUUUUGCUCCUGAACUGAGAUAGAAAUGAUUAUAGGAGGGUUGAUGUAUAGAUUUUUCAUCCAAAAUACCUUACAUUGCAUCCUGGAUUAAAAAAAAGGCAGGUUCAUCAUGUUGGUUUGAAACUCGACCUGCUUUGUGUGUAAUUUGGUGCCUCUUUAUGCUUUACAACAGACCUCAAGAUCUCUCUAUCUCUCUCUAUCUCUCUCUCUCUCUCUCUCUUUCUUUGUCUGUCUCACUUCCGCUCUUUGUAAGAUUACAGAUCCAACAAAGCAGAGACCGUCCCAUUUUACAACAAAUAUAACACUGAUGUUUGUUCCUCCUACUGACACCCUCAUUUUUUCUGUUUUGUACCUCUUCCAGAGGUGUUUUUGCUACUACUAAGGAAAGAGAUUAUAUUUGUGCAGGUACCUGGUUGAAGUUGGUUUUCAACAGUUUUAGGCAAUCACUUUUCUCUUUAUUGAUUUAGAUGCCUAAGCCACUUGUUUUUUGUCAUGACUUUGUAGAUAGAUCACAGUCGGCGAAAGAUUAUCCACAGGUGAAAAGAAAAAUAAUUUUAUUGUCACUUGCGAUUAAAAGAAUUUUUUCUAUUUGCAUGCUUUUUGCUAAAUAAAUGAAAUAAUUCAGUUAUUUGCUAUAAACGAUACUGUAUGAGUAUGUAUUCAAGUACUGCAGUAUGCAGACAAUUAAAAAUAUCACAAACUCUUUUGAGAGGUUUAUAUCUUUCUUCUAGUAUGUUUCACUAAUAAUAUUGACAGUUAUGGGUUCUUUAUUCUUGUUUCGAGUGUCUCAAUGAAUUGCCAGAAUGUCUAAAUGACCCUUUUUGUAUUAACAAAUAUACACUAUGGUUGGUUAUUUCCACAUGCAUGACUUGCAGAGUAAUUUUACCAGGACAAUGCUAGUGCAGGGGGCUUUUUAAUCAACACAUUUUGUCAGUUGAGCUCAACUUUUUUCUAUUUUUCACUAAUUGCUUGACGGUUGAUUAUGACUGAGAUCCUGUCCGUUUUGUCAUUGUUUGCAUCAAAGCAGGUUAAAUCUCAUCAUUGUGCUCACUAAUGGUCAGCAAGGUAGUGUGAAGUAGACUGUAUUAUGUAUUAUCUUGCCACACAAAGCAAAUGUCACCUCAGUGUUUCAGAUAUAAAAUGGUGUGAUAAGAAAAGGACAGUGCAGCUUCAAACAGAAGCCAGAAAGUUACAAGUUCAAUAGAUGUGCAAAUUCCUCAAACAUCUCAGAGAACUGUGUCCCUAGACGUCAGGGUUAUGAUCAAGGAUCUGAUUGCUUUUCAUCAUGACUUUU